AUGUCUGACGCUGGACGACAAGACUUCACCGACAAGGCCUCUUCGGCUAUGAAGCCCGACUCCCAGAAGAGCUUCGGCGAGAAGACUAAGGAGAACCUCGACAAGGCCGCCGGCACCGUCCAGCCUGACUCCACCAAGUCUGACUCCCAGAAGAUGGGUGACAGGGUCAGUGGCUCUGAUAAGUCGGACGAGUCUAUGCUCGACAAGGCCAAGAACGCCGUCGGCCUCGGCAACAACAACACCACCACCCACUAA